CCGGUCUCACACUCACACUUACACCUCCAAGCGGGUCUCACACUCACACUUACUCUAAUAACAUCUACACUUUUAUUAACACCCUGGUGGUCCGCGCCGUCGCAGUUUUGAACAGCUUGCGUUUCGCAGCUGAAAGGUUAAUUGCCCGUCUCCUGCCAUCGGGCAGUUUCACGACACGCCAUCGAUGCGACGCGCCAUCGAUGCCAUCGAUGGGGGCAGCCCCAUGAGCAGCCCACGACCAUGAGGCUCCUACUAUGCUGUGCGGUGGUAGCAGGCGACGCCAAAAGGCGGCGGCUCGUUGGCCGCCGGCGCCGGCGCGAGUGCCUGGCGGCGGCGCCGCAAGUGCCGGCGCGGCGCGUCGUCGCGGCGGACCUGGUCCGCGAGGCGCGCGAGGCGCUGCGGCUGCCGUACCACGACCCGAGCCGCUACUUCUCGGUCGAGCAGGACCCGGCGCGGGGCGGCGCCGUCGACGUCUACGCGCUCGCGGGGAGCUGGCCGCACUCGAACAAGCGCGACACAACGACGCGGCGGCGCUGCGCCGACGCGGGCCUGGGCGCCACGUGCGGCGCCGCCGCCGUGGUGCUCCGCGCGCCGUUCGCGUCCAUGAACCUCGCGCUCCUGCGCGACGCGCACGGCGCGCUCGCAGGCGCGCUCGGCGGGAAGCUCGCGGGCCUGCGGACGACGCCCGCGCUGCGGUCGCCGCUCGCGGCGACGCGGCGCUUCGACGCGGCGUUCCGGCCCGCGGGCGACGGCUUCGGCGGGGCCUUCGCGCGCGAUAAGUGCGUCGAGCGGCGCGCGGGCUUCGACGCGUGCGAGUUCGACGGCCGCUUCUCCGCCGCCGCGCUGCGCGGGCGAACGCUCGUCUACGCGCGGGCCAACACGCGGGCGGGCGGCGGCGGCCGCGCGGUCCAGGUCGUCGCCGCCGCCGGCGCGCCGCCGCCGCCGGGCGCGGCCUGGGGCCCGUUCCGGCGCGUGCGCUUCCUCGCGGGCGCCGAGGCCUGGCAGCGCGCCGUCGCCGCCGACGUCGGCGCCGACGUCUACACCUUCGCCGCCAAGCCCAACCCCGUCGACCCCGGCGGCUCGCUCGCGGCGCUCUUCCCCGUCGCCGUCGCGCCGCCGCCGGACGCCCUGAACCGGACCGCGCGGUACCUCGCGACGGAGGCCUACGUCGCGCUCGCCUUCUCGUGCGACGGCGUCCGCUUCUCCGCGCCCGUCGCGCUCCUCCGCGCGACGCCCGCCUCGGACCGGGGCGAGGUCAACGACCACCCCGUGGACGGCUUCGCGACCCUCGCCGACGGCCGCCCCGCGUUUUACGUGCACGAGGGCGUGCCCGGCACAUUCAAGGAGCUCUGCGCCUACCGCGCCGACAAGAGCGCCGGCGUCGCGUCGCGGCUCGUCCGCUACGCCCUCGACCGCGCCGCGCUCGAGGCGGCGACGCGCGACGCGAAACGGGCGCUCGCGUGCGCCGCCUCGUGAGUAAAGCAUGCGGCACAAUAGAGCUAGUUUGGAAGUCAAUAAUAUAAAAAGUUUACCUAGUAUGUAAACUUCUCAGCUUAGUUUUGAAAGUUUAGACGUGAGGCGUAAAAGCCGUAGGGACGGCUCGAGU